AUGGAUGUGAAACAAAAUCAUCUUGGAAAUAAUAAAUCAAUGUCAAAUUAUAGUUCAAUAAAACGUUUAAUUCAUUUUGUUCAUAAUUUGGAAGAAAAAUUAUCAUCUGUUAAAACAAUUCAUGAAAAAUUACAUGAAUUAAUGUCAAUUGUAUCAAUAACACAUGAUAAUAUUGUUGAAGAAUUAACAACAAUUAAAACAGUUUUAAAUGAAGCAACAAUUGAUCAAAAACAAGAUGAAGACGAAAUAGUUCCAAUUGAUGUAACAAAAUCUGAAUGGGAUGAUGAAGAAGAUGAUGAUAAUGAUGAUGCACAAAUUUCAAGAUCAAUUGCAGCAAAAGAAUUUGAAUCAAAAUCUGUAACAAAUUUAAGUACAAAAGAUCAACAAAUAAAUAGUCCAUCAAGUCGUCGAACUGAUCGUUUAUCAUUAUAUUCAGCAUCAUCAUUUGAUUCAUCAUCAACAAAUUCUUCAACUAUUGAAAAUCGUCCAAAUUCUUCAACAAGUAAACGUUCAUCUAAUUUAAAAAAAUCUGAUCAAUCAUCAACAAGAGCAAAAUCACCAAAAUCAGUUAGUUUUAGUUUUGAUGAAAAUCAAGAUUCAAAUGCAUUAAUUAAUCAAAAUCAAGAAUCAAAUAUUCAACCAAUUGAAAAAUCAUCAACAGAAAUAGAUGAUACAAAUAUACAAAUGACAACACCAAUGAUGAUAAAUUCAAAUGAAUCUUUUAAAUUAAAUUCUGAUCUUAUACCAGAAUUAUUUAAACAACAUCAUAAUGAAGUUACAACUCAACCAAAUAUUGGUUUUAAAAUGGGAAAUGCAUUAACAAAUGUUCGUAUUCAUGAAAUUGAAUCGAACAAUGGAGAUUAUAUUCGAUUACUUAAUAUUUCAAAUUCAGAUGAUUAUGAUUUGAGUGGACAUUUUUUACAACAAAAUAUUGCUUGUGUACCAGUUUGUCGUUUUCGAUUUCCACAAGGUACAAUUAUUCGAACUGGACAAACUAUCACGAUUUGGUGUGGUGUAUUCAAAGAUAUCGAACCUCAAUUUCCACAUAUAUUUGUAUGGAAAGAAAAAAAACGAUGGGAAACUGGCCCAGAAUGUGUAACAAUUUUGGCAAAACCAAGUGGACAGGCAAUUGCAUGGGCAAGAAGUUCAUAUCGUUUGAAUACUGAUCAAUCUUCAAGUGAUAUUUUAUUUGUACAUUCAAAAUCGAAUAUUGGAAUACCGGAUACAACUAGUAAUACAUCGAGUUCUUUCAAAAAUAAUUCUCGUCUUUCCGCAUUCUAUUUUAUUGGAAAUAAUAAACCACCAUUUGCUCAAUCGCCAGACAGUCCUGUACAUCCUUAUCAUAAUGGUAAUACAUCAAAUGUACAAAAUGAGCCUCGUUUACAAAUUCCUCAAAGAAGUGGUAUUUCUCAUUUACUUAAUCGACCAAAAUCUUCUCCAUUUGCAAGUCAUACAGGUUGUAAACAAGAUUUAAUUAGUAUGAAAUAUUUACGAACACAACAAACAACACCACGACAUAAACAAACUAGUGUUAAAACAUAA